AUGCCGGCUGUUGGAAUCGAUCUGGGUACGACAUACUCAUGCGUCGGAGUGUUCCAGCAUGGAAAAGUGGAAAUAAUCGCCAACGAUCAAGGAAAUCGCACAACACCCAGCUAUGUUGCAUUCACGGAUACCGAACGACUGAUUGGUGAUGCCGCUAAAAAUCAAGUCGCAAUGAACCCAAACAACACCGUGUUCGAUGUCAAGAGACUGAUCGGUCGGCGAUUCGAUGAUCCAUCAGUGAUAGCUGACCGUAAGCACUGGCCAUUUGAGGUGGUCCAAGAAGGUGGUAAGCCGAAGGUCCGUGUGGAGUACAAAGGUGAGAUCAAGACGUUCUCGCCAGAAGAGAUAUCGUCGAUGGUGCUGACAAAGAUGAAGGAGACAGCUGAGGCGUAUCUGGGCACGAAAGUGAAGGAUGCUGUGAUUACUGUUCCGGCUUACUUCAACGACAGCCAGCGUCAAGCGACGAAGGAUGCGGGUGCCAUUGCUGGCCUCAAUGUUUUGCGUAUCAUCAACGAACCGACAGCUGCGGCGAUUGCAUACGGGCUAGACAAGAAAGUGGGUAAAGGUGAGCGACAUGUGCUGAUCUUUGAUCUCGGUGGUGGUACGUUUGAUGUUUCCAUCCUCACCAUCGACGAGGGUGUAUUCGAAGUGAAGUCGACGGCCGGUGACACGCAUCUGGGUGGUGAGGAUUUCGAUAAUCGGAUGGUGAGUCACUUUAUUGAAGAGUUUAAACGCAAGCACAAGAAGGACAUUUCGGAGAACAAACGUGCUGUCCGUCGCCUUCGGACGGCGUGUGAACGUGCUAAGCGCACUUUGAGUUCGAGUGCGCAGGCGAACAUUGAGAUUGACUCGUUGCACGAGGGUAUCGAUUUCUACACGUCGAUCACACGUGCUCGGUUUGAGGAGCUGAAUGCGGACCUGUUCCGUAGUACGCUUGAUCCGGUGGAGAAGGCUUUGCGCGAUGCGAAGAUGGACAAGAGUGAGAUUCAUGACAUUGUGUUGGUGGGUGGUUCGACUCGAAUCCCGAAGGUGCAGAAGCUGCUUCAGGAUUUCUUCAAUGGUAAGGAGUUGAACAAGUCGAUCAAUCCGGAUGAGGCGGUUGCGUAUGGUGCUGCAGUUCAGGCUGCGAUUCUCAGUGGUGAUAAAUCGGAAGUUGUGCAGGACUUGCUUCUGUUGGAUGUGGCUCCUCUGUCGUUGGGUCUGGAGACGGCUGGCGGAGUGAUGACUACUCUGAUUAAACGCAACACAACGAUUCCAACGAAACAGACGCAGACGUUUACGACCUAUUCGGACAACCAGCCUGGAGUAUUGAUUCAAGUGUAUGAAGGUGAGCGUGCGAUGACUCGUGACAAUAAUCUGUUGGGCAAGUUCGAGCUGUCGGGGAUUCCUCCGGCCCCACGUGGAGUGCCACAAAUCGAAGUGACUUUCGACAUAGAUGCGAACGGUAUUCUGAAUGUGUCGGCGGUGGACAAGAGCACGGGUAAGCAGAACAAGAUAACGAUAACGAAUGAUAAGGGACGUUUGUCGAAGGAUGAGAUUGACCGUAUGGUGGCUGACGCGGAGAAGUACAAGGCGGACGACGAACACCAGCGUGAUCGUGUGGCAGCGAAGAAUGCACUGGAGAGUUACGCCUAUUCGAUGAAGCAGACUGUUGAGGAUGAGAAGGUGAAAGACAAGAUUUCGGAGUCUGACCGCAAGUUGAUCAGUGAGAAGUGUUCUGAGGUGACAUCUUGGGUGGAUGGGAAUCAGACGGCGGAGAAGGAUGAAUAUGAGCACAAGCAGAAGGAGUUGGAGAAGGUGUGCAAUCCGAUCAUAACGAAGAUGUAUCAAGGCGGCGGCGGUGGUGGUGGUGGCGGUAUGCCUGGAGGGAUGCCUGGUGGUAUGCCCGGUGGAUUUCCUGGUGCGGGAGUUGGAGGUGGUUCAGGUGGUGGUGCCCGCGGCCCGACGAUUGAGGAAGUGGACUGA